AGAUCAGCUCUAAGACACAGAUCACUUGGUGAGUGACACUGAAUGUUUGGUAGAGUCACACUCUUACCAGUUGAAUUCUACUGUUAAUCUACUUGCAGAAUUACAGACUACAUCACUAAUGUUUAUAGUAGGAAAAAAAAAAUUCUGACAGUGGCAGCAGCAAGUACCAUGAAGCUCCUGGAAGUGGCAGAAAUAAUGCAGAAAUAAAGUGCCAGCAGUGUCAUGAAGCACCUGUGUCAGAAUUACUUCAUCCUGAAGUCACUGCAAAAUUGCAGCACUUACCUGCAGUAUAUAUAUUGUAAUUUGCACACUUAUUUUGUAUUAUAGCAAAUAAUUUUAAGCACUUCAUGGAUCUACGAAUGGAAUAAUGUUCACAUUGAUAUUAAGGGAAAUUUGCAUGAAAAUAUUAUUCAGUAGUAUAAAGACUUGAGUAUUAAUGACCAUAGUGUGUGUUACAAGUAAUAAAUGCCAUUGGUAUAUUUUGAAAAACCCGUCCCAGUCUGACGUCAACACUGAGGUAGUAAGAUGUGCAGUGAAAGUAAGAUACAGUGUUGACCUGGUUUCUCACAAUUUUUUUAUAUAUAGUAAUAUAAAAAAAAUUGUCUUUCAUGUCUGUUUCUAGAUCUAAAGUUGUGUCAUUCUUAUUAAAAACUCUUAGUUUUAAAUGAGUAUUCCCUUUUAAACUGAUGAAGCUUACCUCUCUUAUUUACUGUAAUCAAAGCAGAAAUAAUAUGAACAAUAAAAGUUAAGUCAGUUAUUUCGUUAAAUUUCUUGACUGUGCAAAUUGAAUAUCAGUACAGUACAUGUCAGAAAUAAAUACUUAAGCAAAUAAAUUAUAUAAAUGAACAUUUUUAGUGCUCUUACUGCCAUGGUAAUUUCUUUUUAGUGCCAAACUCAGUAUAAUUUUUAACAGUAUAUUUAUUUCAGUUAAGGAUAUGGUUUAGUGUCCAUCAUUGAUGCUAUUUGAGUAUUUUUGGUCUAAUUAUUUAUGUAAAAGUUGAGUGCAUCACAUAAGCCUUCCUGUAGGAGAAAAUAGUGUCUGUAUUGAAAGUACUUUCUCACCAACACCACAUUCCAAUGUAUCUUAUUAUAUUAAGAUUAGGAGUAAAAUAUACACUGUAAAUGCUGUAUUUAUUGCUCUCAUGUAAAGUACAAUGAUCAUUGUUGUUAAUAUUUCAUAUAUGUUCCAGUAAAAGUUUAAGAACAAAGUUACUUGUUCACACGAUAAAACAGUUAUGAAAAGAAAGAGGACCCUCGGCAAUUGUCAUUGUGUAUUAAAAGCUUUAACUAAGUUUCUGCUAGUAAUGCACGUGAGAGCUCAUGAAGGGGAGAAACUAUUCUAAAUUUUUAAAUCUAAAUAAAUUUUAGUGGGUCAAAUUGAAAAAAAAAAAAACAGAGUUGAUAUCAAAGAGAAACUGUAUCAGUGUUUACCUGUUGAAGUAGAGGGUAGAAAAUAAUUUCAUCCAUUAAAACAUUUGAGAGUUAAUACUGUAGAAAAGGAAAAAUUAUUAUUUUUUUUAUUAUUAACACACUGGCCGAUUUCCACCAAGGCAGGGUGGCCCGAAAAAGAAAAACUUUCACCAUCAUUCACUCCAUCACUGUCUUGCCAGAAGGGUGUUUUACACUACAGUUUAUAAAACUGCAACAUUAACACAUUAAAUAUUUAGAAAUAAUAAUUUAAAUGAUUGCUUUCUUGUGAUAUAAAUUAUGGGAAAUCAUAGGGUAAGAAAGUACUGUAUGUAAUAGUUCUGUAUCAAAAUAACUUUUUGAAAAAUCAUUUUUAGUAAAACAAGAGGAAAUUUAUGCAGAGGGAAACAUAUAUCCAGAUUCAGUGUUUAAAAUAUUUCCCUUAAAAAAUAUUAUAAAAUUCCAAACAGGUGAAACGAUGAGUGUUCAUUCAAGAGAGAAAGCUCAUAAGUGUUCAGUGUGCUCAAAGGAGUUUUUUCGAAAUUCGGAACUUGUAAAUCACAUGAGGGUUCAUACAGGAGAAAGACCAUUUCAGUGUUCAAUGUGUCCAAAAGACUUUAUUCAGAAAUCAUCUCUGAUAAGACACCUGAGAGCUCAUACAGGAGUCAGAUCUUUUCAUUGUUCAGUGUGCCCAAAAGAUUUUAUACGAAGUUCAGAUCUUGUAAAUCACAUGCGUAUUCAUACAGGAGAAAGACCAUUUCAAUGUUCAAUGUGUCUAAAAGACUUUUCAAGAAGUUCAAAUCUAGUGAAGCACAUGAGAAUUCAUACAGGAGAGAAGCCAUAUCAUUGUUCAGUGUGUCAGAAAGAUUUUUCUGAUAAUUCAGUUCUGGUAAAACAUAUGAAAAUUCAUACAGGAGAGAAACCAUAUAAAUGUUCAGUUUGUACAAAAGAGUUUACACAGAGUUCAAGUCUGUCUCAACAUAUGAGAGUUCAUACAGGAGAGAAACCAUACAAGUGUUCAGAAUGUUUAAAAGAUUUUUCAUAUAAAUCGAAUCUCUUACAACAUAUGCGUAUUCAUACGGGAGAGAAGCCAUUUCAGUGUUCAGAGUGUCAAAAAGAAUUUUCAGAUAAAUCAGCUUUAGUAAUACAUAUGAGAGUUCAUACAGGAGAAAAACCAUAUGAAUGCUCUGUAUGUCUUAAAACCUUUUCACAAAAUUCAACUCUAUCACAACACAUGAGACUACAUACUGGAGAGAAGCCAUUCCAUUGUUCUGAGUGUCUAAAAGACUUCAAUCAGAAAUCUCAUUUAUUAAUGCACAUGAAAGUUCAUACAUUAGAAAAACCUUUUCAGUGUUCUGAGUGUCUAAAAAGUUUUAAGAAAAAUUCAACUCUGAUAAGACAUAUGACAGUUCAUACAGCAGUUAAACCAUAUAAAUGUUCAGUAUGUGUAAAGGAUUUUAAAGAUAACAAUGCUUUGGUAAGCCAUAUGAGAGUUCAUACAGGUGAUAAACCAUACCAGUGUUCAGAAUGUUUAAAAGGAUUUUCACACAACUCAAAUCUAGUAAAACACAUGAGAGCUCAUACAGGACAGAAACCAUAUCACUGUUCAGUGUGUCUGAAAAACUUUGCUGAGAAGUCUAGUCUAGUAAUACAUAUGAGAAGUCAUACAGGAGAGAAACCACAUCAGUGUUCAGUGUGCCAAAAGAAAUUUGCCCAAAAAUCACAUUUAAUAAUGCAUCUGAAAAUCCAUACAGGUGAGAAGCCUUAUCAGUGUCCAGAGUGUAUAAAAAGCUUUGGAGAAAAGUCAAGUCUAGUAAGGCAUAUGAGAGUUCAUACAGGAGAGAAACCAUACCAGUGUUCAGUGUGUCUCAAGAACUUUUCCCUUAAUGCUAAUCUAAUAAAACACAUGAAUAUUCAUACUCGAGAGAAAAUAUAUCAGUGUUUAGUGUGUGUAAAAGAAUUUUCCGAACGAUCAUCUCUUAUAAAACACUCAAGAGUUCAUGAACGUUAGAAAGAUGUCCCACAUUUUCCUGAUCUAAUAAGUUGUAUGUUAAUCUCUGGCUCUAGUGAAGAAAUGAAUCAUUAGUACAUUGUCUCUAAUUUUCACCUGAAUCUUGAGCAUAUAAGAAUUGUUCGGUAAAUCAAGUUUAUUCAUAUAUUUUAGUAGUGUAUUUUAAGUUACUUUGGGAAUUGUAAAAUAACAAGCUUGUUCAUAAUUAUUCCUUUCUAUUGUGUGACCAGUUCUGGGACUUAUUCUAGUCUCCCAGUUCAGCAUGAGUCGUAGGACUUUCCAGGUAACCACAUGAUUAGUUACACACUUUUAUUUUACAUGUGGCCUGCAGGCCUGUUUUUCCAUGGAAACCUUACUAAUCCAGGAACUUGCUCACAUAUCUGUUGAAGAUGUAUGCUUUUGUUCCAGUAAUAUUUUAUAUCAGCAGGUAGAAGGUUCAAAAGUUAUGAGCUUGAGAUACUGACACAGUUUUCUCUAAAUGUACUAUAGCAUUCUUGCAUUGCACUGAGCUACGAGGAGAGUUUAACAGAAUUGAUUCUAACAACACUGAAGGACAGAAGCACCAGGGACGACAUAUGCAAAUUAUUCAGAGGAAUUAAUUGGUAAGUACUCAUUGGGCUUAUUGUACAUCUCCUCUCAUAUUUUUCACUCCAGCAAGUUCUUAUAGUAGUUUAGUGACCUAGCAUUAAAGUAUUUUCAUGAAUAGACAAUAAAUUGUGUCUAACUGUCUCUUCUAGAAAGUACAGUACCACAAGGCACUUCCAAUAUACUUGAUGUGUAAUGAUCUCAGUGCAGACCAUAAAGUAUAUAAUUUUUUUCUAGCUUGGAUAGCUCACUUUGAAUAGAGCUGUCAGCAUACUAUCUUUGUUGUAGUAUCUCUUGUUUUUAAAGUUCUUAUAAACCAAGCUGUCAUUUUCUUGGUUGUGUAUGACUUUGUUUUCUCAUAUUCUCUCACUGACAGAACCAUUUCGUCUAUGGAAAUCUGAUUGCAUGUUGCAUCCUGCAUUAAUGAAAUGAGAAAAACUUCACUUGUGAUCAGUUAUGAACAUUCUAUACUCUCAAUCCAGCCUAAGCUAGGCUUCCUUGUUGACCACCUGUUCAACCAGGCUGUUGAUUCUAGCUCCCUGUAGGCCCACAGAGCUAAUCAGGCACUUGCAAGAGAUAGUGAACUGUUUCAAAAGAGUUAUAAUUUUUUUUUGACACUGGCCAUUUCCCACUGAAGCAGGGUGACCCAAAAAGAAAGAAAAAAAUCUUUGAUCACCAUUCAACACUUAGCUGUUACUCAUUCAUAAUCACUGUCUUUGCAGAGGCGCUCAAAUACGACAUCUCUCCAAACUGCCAAUAUUCUAAACCCCUCCUUUAACCCCUAAACAGUCCAAACGUAUAUAUACGUUCUCGUGCAUAGCGCCCCAAGCGUAUAUAUACGUUUUCUUUGUCAUUCAUUCAUCAUUGCCAUGAUAAGCCUGAGUCGCCUAGACAUGAGAGAAUGGGUGUGCGCACUCACUGUGCGCCAUAUUAAAGUAAUUGGGGAUGCCUGGGUACCACAUGCUCGUUUUUCCUAUUAAAAAAACAAUUUUUUUCUCAAAAAAUUUGGGGCGCUACGCGAGUGGACGUAUAUAUACGUUUGGACCGUUUAGGGGUUAAAGUGCAGGCAAUGUACUUCCCAUUUCCAGGACUCGAGUCCGGCUAACCAGUUUCCAUAAAUCCCUUCACAAAAUAUUAUCCUGCUCACACUCCAACAGCUUGUCAGGUCUCAAAAACCAUUCGUCUCAAUUCACUCCAAUCUCACAUGCUCAUGCACACUUGCUGAAAGUCCACGAAUCCUCCUUUACCUCCUCCCUCCAACCUUUUCGGGGAUGACCCCUACCUCACCUUCCUUCCCCAACAUAUUUAUAUGCUCUCCAAGUCAUUCUACUUUGUUCCAUUCUCUCUAAAUGACCAAACCACCUUAACAGCCCCUCUUCAGCCCUCUGACUAAUACUUUUAGUAACUCCACAUCUUGUCCCAAUUUCCACACUAUUAACCCUUUCAGGGUCCAAGGCCAAAAUCUGAAGUGGUGCCCCAGUGUCCAAGAAUUUUCAAAAAAAAAAAAUUGUUAUUUUUUCUUAUGAAAUGGUAGAGAAUCUUUUUGUGAAUGUAAUAAAACAAAAAGUACGAAAUUUGAUGGAAAAUUGACGAAAUUAUGCUCUCGUGAAUUUUGAUGUGUCAGCGAUAUUUACAAAUCGGCGAUUUUGCCGACUUUGACUCCCAUUUUAGGCCAAUUACAUUAUUCCAGUCGACCAAAUUCUCAGCUAUUUCACUAGUAUUACUUCUAUUCUAUCGAUUGAGCACAAGAAAUCGCCAAGUCAACUGUUUCAACUACAAAAUAAAGUGACCGGAAAUUGGUAAUUUGGCCAAUUUAACACAAAGUUCAAAAUGUUCCAAUUUAUUCACACCAAAAAAUAGAAGAUUUACUGUUAUGCAAUAUUGUAAUAAUUGUAUAAAUAUCAUCACCACAUUUGUGAAUGUAUAUUAGACCCACCAGCUGGCGUGUAUUAGACGUGUGAGGUCAUUUGUUUACUCUUGAACAUCGGCAAAAAUUUAACAUUUCCGCCACUUUGAGCUCAAUUUCAAGCCAUUUCCAGUGCUAACACCAAUCAAAAUCAUCUCUAUUUCUGUAAUAUGUCUUCCAUUCUAUCAAAUGAGACCAAGAAAUCACAAAUACAACUAUAAAAAACAUACGAAAAAACACUGCAAAGUCGCUGUUUUAACCCUUUGACUGUCGCGGCCGUAUAUAUACGUUUGUGAGGUACCGUGUUUGACGUAUAUAUACUCAUAAAUUCUAGCGGCUUCAAAUCAGGCAGGAGAAAGCUAGUAGGCCCACAUGUGAGAGAAUGGGUCUGUGUGGUCAGUGUGCACCACAUAAAAAAAAUCCUGGAGCACGCAGUGCAUAAUGAGAAAAAAAAAACUCCGACCGUUUUUUUUAAUUAAAAUGCCGACUUUGUGGUCUAUUUUCGUAUAGUAUUUGUGGUUGUAUUCUCGUUUUCAUGGUCUCAUUUGAUAGAAUGGAAACUAUAUUAUAGAAAUGGAGGUGAUUUUGAUUAAUUUUACUAUAAAAAGAACCUGGAAAUUGAGCACAAAGUACAGGAAAUGUUUGAUUUUUGCCGAUGUUCAAAAGUAAACAAAUGAUGUCAUUGUCCAAUAAAUGUCCAAAUAGCCAUUCUAAUACGCAGUCAUGAAUGGGUUGAUGUAAUUUUUACAAUUAUUACAGUAUUGCAGUACUCUGCAUAACAGUAAAUCUUCUAUUUUUUGUUUGAAUAAAAUUUCAAAAUAAAAAGCAAGAGUAAUAUCACAGGGACCUGGAGACAUGACUGAUGAACAAAGAAAAUCUUAUUUUAGAGCCAGGAAUGUCUGCAUUGUUCAUUCUGGACCUUAUUUUGAAAUUGUCGUAUUUUUUAAUUUUCGUGAAAUUGGCCAAAUUGCAAAUUUCUGACCAUGUUAUUGGGUAGUUGAAAUCGGUAAAUGGGCAGUUUCUUGUGCUCAAUCGAUAGAAAAAAUAGAGUUCUGAAGAAAUAGUUAUGAGUUUGGUUGACUGGAAUAA